AUGAUCGUAUUAUUAUUACAUAUUAAACAUAAAUUUUAUUAUUAUGAUGACUAACUGAGGUUGUUAAAAGAACUCGAUAAUUAACAACAAGAUAAAGAAAAGUAAUUACUGAAUUAAAUAAACAAAUGUAAAAAUCAAUAAGGAGAUAAAUAUAAUUAUUUGUAUAAGAAUAAAAAGGAUUAUUACAAUAAGAAGAGAGAUAAUUAUUAAACGAAUUCUCAAGAGUAACUGAAUAAUAAAAAGAUUAUUUUAAUAGGAAGAAAAAUUGAGAACACUAAAUCUAUAGCAAUUGGAAAAUAACCUAAAUAAAAUAACAUUAUGAAUACAUCUAACUUUCCUUCCAGCAAGAGUAGAGAUGUUUUAGGAGUUACAAAUACUGGCUCAGGGAAAACCUUUGAUUUCUUGGUUUCAGCCUUAGAACUACUCAAAAAAACAAAUUUUAUUAAAAAAAAUUAGUUGAAUAAAUAUUUGAUGUUGCUAAAGAUCUUCUAUUCUAAAGUCAGAAUUUACUUCUCUAAAAUAUUUGGUAAAAUAUUUAUAACUUAUUACGGAAUCAAAUAGCUCAAAACAAUCUAUCAUUAUAACACCGUAAGAUUACUUAAUGAAAGUAUUAAUAGAAAAAUGAAACUAUAAGAUCAAAUAUUAAAACUUGGUUAUGAAGCAGAAAUUUAUAAACAUACUAUUGCUGAUCUCCUUUUGAAAUCAACAUCAUUUUGA